AUGUAUUGUCUAUUUACUUUCUAUCUCUUUUUCUUCUUCUUCUUCCUGUUAAUCUUCUUUCUUGAUUGCACAUUUUCCAUUGCUUACUUCAUUUUUCUGCUUGUCUUAUUCCUUGGUUCAUUAUUCAUUGACAUUUUCUUUCUUUCUUUUUGGUUCGUCUUUAUUUGUAGUUUCCUUAUUUAUAGCCAUCUUGUAUUCUGUCUUUAUUUUUUUUUCUGUCCUUUUUCUUUGUUGUCUCCGUAUUUAUUGCCUUUUUAUUUAUUUUUUCUUACUUUUGUUAUUUCUUUUGUUCUCCCAUUCUUUUUUCUGUUCGUCUUCUUUCUUUUUUCCUUACUUAUUUCUUCUUUAUUUGUUUUCUUACUUUUUUUUCUUCACUUCGUCUUCCUGCUUAUUUCUUUCUUUUUCUUACUUUCUUUAUUUCUAUUCAUCUUUUUCUUGUUUCUUUAUUCAUUUUCUUUCUUUUCAGAAACUUCCCUUACUUUCUCACUUUUACUUUCUUUUUCUUCAUUUAAAAAAAAACGUUUUUCUUCAUUUGUUAUGACUCCUCUCUUAUUCUUCUUCAUCGCAAACAUUACUGCCUUAUACCAUUCUUCUAAAAAUUCUUCUUCGUUUAUUAAAUCAACGUCUUUUUUAUUUAAAUUUUUCUUCAUUUACUUUUGCACUUUUUCAUUUAUUUCUUUUUUAUCUUCUUAUUUGUCUUUGCCCUCUUCUUCUCCUUCUUUUUCUUUAUUAUCAUUUAUUCUCCUUCAUAUAAAUUCUCAGUUCCAUAUCAUUCAUUUAUUUAUCCUUCUUCAGUUCUUUUUCCAUUUUUAUUCGCGAUAUAUUUUUAUUUUAUUUCUUCUUAGCUUCCAUUUAAUUCUCCUUCUUUGUUAUGCAAUUAUUUUCUUUUCCCUAUGUAUUACCAUUUUUCUUCUUUCUUUUUUUUCUUUCUUUCCUUCUUUCUUUCUAUCUUUCCUUCGUUCUUUCUUAUUUUUUUCUUUUUUUCCUUCCUUCAUUCAUUCGUUCAUUCUUUUUGUUUGUCAUAUUUCUUCUUUAUGUUUUGCCUUAAUUCUUUCUUUUUUCUUUCUUUCUUUUUUUUCCUUUAUUUUUUGUUUUUUUAAUUUAUUGCAUUUUAAUUUUCUAUCAUUCAUGCAUUCUUCCAUUUUUUCUGUCCGUAUACUUACUUAUUAUUUUUAUUAUUGUCAGUCUCUCUUUCUUCUUCUUCUUCUUCUUCUUCUUCUUCUUCUUCUUCUUCUCAUUAUUAUUAUUAUUAUUAUUAUUAUUAUUAUUAUUAAUUCCUUCCUCUCCACAUGA